UUCCGUGAAUUCUUCCAUCUAGCUUUCUUCCGACCCGGCCAGCAUUUCCAGGUUCUCUUCUUAUUCAUUAUGCUCUUGUUCUGCAGAUUUUCAAGCUAUGAGAUUUGGUUUGUUUACUACUAUUACUUGUCAAGUUGUAAUGGAAGGUUAAUUAGCUUCUGGCUGCUACUUAUUUAAUGCAGAGUAUAUUUUCUCAAGCUUCACAAAGUUAGAGAGAGCUUCUUCAAUUCAUUUCCUUGACAGAUAUGUCUCGAAGGGUGAAGCGAAGGAUUUCGGAAUGCUCAAUUGAUGAGGCGACAACCCUGCCCGACGACAUACUCAUCCAAAUCUUUUCCAUCCUAGACUACCGCAGCAGGGCAAGCUUCGCAGCGACUUGUCAAUCGUUCAGACGCCUAGGCUCAUCUCCUUGCCUGUGGGGAAGUCUGGACCUACGCUUCCACAAGUUCGACACCGCGAUGGCCAACUCCAUUUCCUCACGGUCCAAACACCUCUCAAAGCUCGAGUUUCGAGGCGUAGAAUCAGCUGACGCCAUCAUUCAUCUUCGCGCACAAAGCCUGCGUGAACUCAGCGGUGAGUUCUGUCAGGGAAUCACUGAUGCUACAGUUUCGACCAUAGCUGCUCGACACACGAUGCUCCAGAGCAUACAGUUCGGCCCGCUCGCGUGCGAAAAAGUGAGCAGCCAGGGGAUCGAAGCCAUAGCACAUUGUUGCCCCAACUUGACAAGGCUUCACCUCUCUGGCGUCAGGGAGGUCACCGCCGACGCUAUCAACUCCCUGGCGUCGCAUUGUACAAAGUUGGAGGAUGUCGCAUUCAUGGACUCGAACAUCAUAGACGAAUUCGCAUUGGGCAACCUCGCGUCUUUGAGGUUUCUGUCAGUGGCUGGGGCGAAACAAUUGAAUUGGGGGCUGGCAUUUCACCGUUGGAGCAGAUUACCGAAUUUGGUGGGGUUAGACGCGUCGAGAACAGAUAUCGCAUUGGAUGCUAGUACCAGAUCAUCAUGGCUUUCCUUGUCAGACAAGUUACAAAUCGUGAUCACGUUGGAUUGCCCGAAGUUAGAAGAGCAGGGCGGUGCUGCUGUCAAGUACUAUCUUGAGAAAAUGAAGCAUCAUAAUAGCAAUGAUGAUGACGAAAGAAUGAGCGGAUUCGUUGCUUGGGCGGAGCGGGCUCUGUCUCAGUCACUUGUGCGUAUGGCGGAGAACAACCUGACGGCGGCCAAGGUCGUCGACCCGUUCUGGGACAGGACAGGAGCGACUCUGUUACUGCAUCUGCUACGAAGCUCGGAAGUCGACGUCCGAGAACGAGCGGCCACUGCCAUCGCCACUUUCGCUAUUGUUGAUGAUGAUGACGACUACCCAGCUGCUACUAGUACCGUUGAUUCUACAAGGGCUAGAAGGAUCUUGCAGAGUGGCGGGGUGGAUGUGCUGUUGAGCUUUGCAACAACUAGUAUUCGACAGGGGCUUCAAAUCGAAGCCUUGAAGGCUAUAGCAAACUUGUGCAUGGAUUCCCAAGUUGCCAAAGUGGUGGCAGAGAAUGGGGGGAUCGCUAUCUUGUCCAACUUGAUGAGAUCAAGUAACAGAUUCGUAGUGGAAGAGGCUCUUGGAGGGUUAUGGAACCUUUCUCUUGGUGAAGAGCUUAAGGGUUUGAUUUGUGAGACUGGUGGUACAAAAGCUUUGGUUGACCUCAUCUUCCAAUGGCCACCCAACAGUCAUGGAAUUCUUGAGCGUGCAGCAGGGACUGUAGCAAAUCUAGUUACUGAUGAAAAAUGCAACUGUGAAGUGAUGGCUGCGGGUGGUGUGCGCGCUCUUACUCUGCUUGCCGGGUUCUCGGAAUCUGUCGGAGUACAAGAACAGGCUGCUCGAGCAUUAGCGAAUCUGGUUUCUCACGGGGAUGUUAAUGCUAGUAAUGUUGCCGUUGGGGAAGAGGUUGGUGCAGUUGAAGCCUUAGUAAGAAUCACAUUUUCUCAACAUGAAGGAGCAAGGUUGGAAGCUGCUGGCGCUUUAUGGAAUCUAUCAUUUGACGAAAGAAACCGAGAAGCAAUUGCAGCAGCAGGCGGCAUCGUUGCCCUUAUUUCCCUGGCAAAAUCAUGUUCGAAUUCCUCUCAUCAAGGCGAUCUUCAAGAACGUGCAGCAGGUGCACUCUGGGGAUUAUCGGUAUCCGAAGCUAAUAGCGUUGCAAUCGGAGAAUAUGGUGGCGUACCUCCACUUAUCGGGUUGGCAUGCUCCGAUAUAGAAGAUGUCCAUGAGACUGCAGCUGGUGCCCUUUGGAACAUAGCUUUCGAGCCUGGGAAUGCUCUUCGCAUACUGCAAGAUGGAGGGGUUUCGUCUCUUAUCCAUCUCUGUUCCAGCUCGCCUUCCAGAAUGGCUCGGUUCAUGGCUACAUUGGCACUAGCUUACUUGUUCGACGGAAGAAUGGACGAAUAUGUCGCAGAAAGAGGAAUAACACAAGCUCCAUUCAACGCCAUGAUUGCAGAUCGCAUUAAGAUGAUAGCCUUGAACCACAUGGGAUCCUUUGUCCUCUCCUUCUGUAGCGAUCGCAUUUGUGAUGCUGCGAUGCUGUCACAGGCCUCAUCUGCAGCUCUUGCACAAAGGAUGCAAGGGUGUUUGAUACCAGAAGUUGGGUUUCUGAAAUGCAGCGAGGUAGAGAUGAAGCGAUUUGUUGCUAUGCUAAGAAAUGCUUGCCCUAUAUUAAAACUGUGUUCAUCCUUCGCUCUUUUUCAGUUCACAAUGCCAAAUGGACGAUACACAUCACAUCAUGUGACCUUGUUGCAAAACGCAGGCAUAUCUAGGAUCAUACAAGCCAUUGCUUCCUCUUCCACAACUCCCGUCGAAGUUAAAGUCUUUGUGAAACUCCUACGAAGUAACCUGCAACUCCAUUACCAUUUGGAGGAUCUUUCAAAUUUUCAUACUCUUGUUUGUGCCUCAAAACUUACACCAAUUCUGCACAAACUCUAAACAACAUUGUAAGCCUUCAUAUAUAUACUCAGUCCACCCAUUUUUGUUGUUCCGUUUACACUAGUCAAUUAUGUUCCUCAAUUCCAGCUAGUAGUUGCAUAGGAUUCUGCUGUAUAGGUUCUCUCUGCUGCUGUAUAAAAACCAAUUAGAAGA